AUGACCGAUCGGCAAAAUUUACCUAACGUUAAAGAUGAUUUUAUUUUUAAAAAUGGAUUAAAAUGGAUUCCUUAUAACAAAUUUAAAAAUGUUAAAGGAGGAUUUGGUACUAUAUAUAAAGCUACUUGGCUAAAGAAUAAUAGAGAUGAAGAAGUAAUUCUUAAAUGCCAUAAGGAUUUAAAUAAAAAUUUAAAUGAAUUCUUAAAAGAAUGGGAAUAUCAUACAAGUGUUUUAAGUUCAAAUGACAUUAUAAAUUUUUAUGGAUUUACAGAAGAUCCAAAUGCUUCAAAAUAUAUGGUAGUAAUGGAUUAUGCAAAUAAAGAUACACGAAAAAAUCUUAUUUAUUGUGAUUUUCAUGAUGGAAAUAUUUUAAAUUAUAAUGAUGAGAAUAAGGAUAAAAUUUAUAUUAGUGAUUUAGGAUUAUGUCAACCUGUAAGAUCGUUUUUGAAAAAGCAUGACAUUUAUGGUGUUAUGCCAUUUAUGGCUCCUGAAGUUUUAAGAGGAAAAUCUUAUACUCCAGUUAGUGAUGUAUAUAGUUUUUCUAUGAUUAUGUGGGAACUUACAUCUGGUAUUUGUAAAGGUGAACGACCUGAAAUUAUUGAAAAUACUCCACAAUGUUAUGUAGAUUUAAUGAAAAAAUGUUGGAAUGAAGAUCCAUUAAAAAGACCAUCUUCUAAGGAAGUAUUAAAAAUUAUUGAAAAAUGGAUUUUCCAUUCUUAUGAAGUCAGUAAAGAAUUAAAAAGCAACAUUAUGGAAUUUAUAAAUGCACCAAUUGGGCAUAACAAUCUUGCUACUAAAUCUCAUCCUAAAGCAUGUUAUACAAGUCGCUUACUUGAUUUUACUAGUAAAAAAUUGAAUAAAAUUCUUGAUACAAGCAUAUCAU